CCCCGAAAAUGAAACUUUUACGAUUGAGAUUUCUAAUGACAAAAAGUAUGAAUUGCUCGAACAUGUGGUAAAAGAACCGAUCCCAGUUAUACGUUGUGCUUCAGUUAAAGAUGGAAAUUCUUGGAAAGAUCCAUUAUCAAAAAUCU